AUGUCUCUUCCAAACGAUCAACUCCUAUACUCUGCUCUCGGCUGUUUAGUGAAUGCCAGAGUAGUUGGUCUUUCUUCCAGCCAUCCCAAUCUUCCAAUCAUGCGCUUUGAAGAUUACUCUGUCUUUUCACUUGCUUCCUCAUCUGUCACAGCUCCUCAACAAAUUGACUUAACGACUCUUCCUGUCCGUGUUGGGACACUUCCUGUUCGAGUCAAGCAGUUAACUGGUAAAGUUGUUGAGGUAUUAGUUCUCCAAGACUUUUAUAUAGAAGAGUUGAAGCGAGCAGUAGAGAUGGAGUACCACACUCCCUCUUCUCAACAACAAUACACGUACAAUGGCACUCGUCUACUGAACGGUACUAAACUCUCCGCAUACAACAUUGACUUCGCCAACGCCGUAUUCGUUCAAGUUCUUCUCCUUCGCGGUAACACGCAAAUCUCCGAAUUAGCAAUCGACGAUGCCUUCUUGUCUUCACGUUUCAAUUAUGACUUCCGUGGAAUCACUGACGUAGGACACUCAUACAUUCGUGGAGGAUUGCCUUAUAGACGACCUGUUGGAUAUAUGCGAUAUGCUAUCAACGUCUUAGGAAAGUUCGAUAACGGCAAUGACACAUGGUUGGCUCAAAAUGGCUCAGCGGGCGAGUGGGCGGUGAGUUACCAUGGCAGCGAAGUUUCGAAGACACAAAAUAAUUUGAUGGACGACGUUCUAAUGUGGGGAAAAAAGCUUGGACUCUCUAAUAACAAUGCCAACAUGACUUUCUGUACUCCAAACGUCGAAACCGCCGUUAAAUUCAGUAAACAAAACACCGACAAAAAUGGAUGUAAAUCUAUCCUUGUGUUUCAGAACAGAGUUAAGCCGUCUAGUAUUCUUAAAGCAAGUAGUGUUGGUGGGCCUGAUGAUUAUUGGUAUGUUAAAGACCCAGCAGAUAUCCGAGUAUAUUCAAUAUGUGUCAAACAAGUUUAA